CUGCGCACCGCAGGGCUCUGGGAGCACCUCUCCGCGGGCGACGUCGUCUGCAACGUCGGCUACGUCCCGCCCGCGCCGCGCCCCGCGUCCUCGUCCGCCGAGUCCGUGUGGGGGUACCCCGCCGACGCGCCCGGGGCCGACGCGGAUGCCCCGCCCGGCCCGUGGGAGCGCGCGCGCGACGCCAUUCAGGACCAGGACCAGGACCAGGACCAGGACGUGCGCGGCGCGCGGCGCGCGUGGCUCGUCUUUACGGGCACCGCGCUCGUGCCGCACGCGCCCCCCGCCCCGCCGCCCGUGCCCGACCCGCGCGCGCUGCCGUCCCCGCUGUACUACGCGCACCUCGCCGCGCCCCGCGCGCGCCCCACAUUCGCGCGCCUGCGGCUGCCGGUGCCGCGCGCGCGCUUGUCGCCUGCGCGCGACUUUGGGGCACACGAGUUUGGCGCAGCGGGGCUGCGGCUGCGGCUGGGCCUGAGGGGCGAUGCAGGGGCGGCCGUCGAUGGGGACGCGGACGCGGAUGCGGAGCUCGAGAGCCUGCUUAAGCUCGUGCGCCUCCCAACGCGCGUGCGCAGCCCGCACUCGCCGUCGGGCGUCGCGCUCGCGAAGCGGUACGUCUGGCUCGCGCGCCUGCCCGGUCCGCGUCGACCCGUCCCCGCCCCCGCCCCUGGUUCUCCGCACUCGCACUGGCACUCGCACCUCGCGGCGCUGCCCAUUCCGCCGUUCCCGCGCUCGAGCACCGGACACCGCACUGUCGACAGAGACAGAGAGGCAGACGCGGAAGGCGUCGCCGAUGGGGAUGGAGACGAGGACGUGUGGGCGGGCGUCGGCGAGGGGUGGCGCAAGGAGUGGGUGCUGCAGGCGGAGGGCACGGUCGAGGGGCGGACGGCGCUGCUGGACGCGCUGCGGGACUCCGCGCGCGCGGAGUGGGCGGGGCGCGACGAGGCGGCGGGGCGCGUGUGGGAGAUGGUCGUGGAGCGUGGCGCGGCGGGGUGUGUGUGGCUGAGCUUCGCAGCAGCGCCGAUGAUCUCCGCGUCUCUUUCCACCCUCGCCUCACCCCGCCUCGCCCACCCUACCGCCACUCCCCACCUUCCCACCUUCCCAUCUCCCAAUCCCCCUCCAGCUCCUCACGUCUCUCCGCUCCGUCCACGCGCGCGUCUGCCCCUCCGCCGUUCCCGGACUCGCAUCUCCCCCAUUAUCUCCCCUUGGACACCCCAGCAGAGACCAGUAGCCGCUGUCACACGUCCUAAUGAAAAAAAAAAACACCAACGAGGCACGUCCGUCGACGCGCGUCCAACGCUGUCUAAUAACGUCCACCCAUCCAUCACGCACAAAUCAAAUCGCGAAAAAAGAAAAGGAAAAGGAAGAGAAAGCGCGCGUGGCGUCGCCGUCCGUGCCUAUUAUGCUCGACUCACCCGCGUCGUGUCGCCCACCCGCGUCCUCGUCCGAGGAUCCGCGCCCCUCGCCACAGCGUCGCCGGGCGCUCCAGCCGUCUUCCAGCCGUCUGUCCUCUACCUGCCUGCUGCAGGACGCCUCGUGUGCCCGGGACGUCCGGCCUAA